CCAACAUCCACCGGCAACCGGCAACCGGCAUCCAAAGUUGUAUCCACACCGACACCAAGAUGAUACUCAUCAUCGUCAUCUUCGUGGUUGCUGCAUGUAGCUCUUGCUCGCUAGCUAGUCGGUCACCCUUAUUAAGGGGGUUUUAGAGUACCCUUUGGUGACUGCUUUAGAACACUGCGGAAAUCCGUUGGAAGUUGGCCUUCAGAGAUCGUCUGUCAAAGAAAGUCGCAAGAUGAUCCUGGCAGCGGGACACCUUUUCACUCGGACCGCCUUUUUGGCAUCUACAUAAUAUCUGUUGUCAUCGUCCCCAGCUCUGCUAUCGGAAGUGUCAAAUAAUAACCAUUCCAACAAGGGGAAAGUGGAAGAACGACUGGACUACAACAGUUUUUGGGUAUCCACAAACAAGUCCUACAAUGAUAAUACCAGCCACAAUCUACUGGAAGAAGAAGAAGAACACGAUUAUGAAGCAAUGAUCCCUCCUCUUCGGGCCGCUAUUCACUCCACGCUAGAGAAAGAUCCUGGCUUGGCUGGACCACUGAUACGCCUGGCCUUUCACGAUGCCACCACGUGGGAGCAGACCAAAGGCAAAGAAGGGAUUGCCGUGACGACGGGAGGUCCCAAUGGAUCUGUUCGCUACGAGCUGGAUUGGAAUGAAAACCGUGCCCUAUCCGGACCUCUGGCCAUCGUGGAGGAAAUACUGGAACAAACAUCGCCCUCGAUCACUUUGGCGGAUGUCAUUGCGGUUGCAGGUGCCACUGCUAUAGAACAUGCCGGUGGGCCUCGCAUUGCACUUCGUUUGGGUCGACGCGAUGUUAACUCCGCCGACCCUCACACACUACGAGAACCCAUGGAAAUGGAAACAGAACGAUCCAAGAUCACUUCCACCAUGCCAUCGCCGGCAAUGGACUCGGAUGGACUGCGCUUGUACUUUGGAAAACGUCUCCACCUUCGAGAAGAAGAAUUUGUAGCACUGUCGGGUGUCCAUGGCUUGGGACGGCAUGUGACACUAUUGGGCAUGCCCAAAUCUUGCUUGAAAAAUCUCACCCGAACGUGUUUGGAAGAGGCACCUCAAUCGCUUCCCUUUGUUUCGUCGUCGGUGGAUCGUUUUUCCAAUGGCUACUUUCAAUACUUGCUGCGAUGGUAUGACCGAGAUAUUCAGCUCGGAGAUGUUGCCUUUAUACCGACGGAUGUGGCUCUGGCGGUCGACCCCGGAUUGCGCCGAUAUGUGAAAGCGUUUGCACGCGAUGAGCCACGGUUCUUUCGAACGUUUGCCAGAGCCUAUCAAAAAUUGGUGGAGGUGACAGCCACUUCUUCGAAACGCUACUAACCAGUUUGGUGCCAAAAAAGCGGUUUCCAGUUCCACACGCAAAAGCGAAUGGAUUGAAUCAUUCCUCCGGCAUCACGAAUAGUUGUCGUGUGCAUCGCUGUAUCCCCUUGAGCAACGCUUUGUGCCAACGAUUGGUCCUCCUUCUGCAGUUACAGUGAGCACCAGAGAAGACUACUCUUUCAUUCGACCAUCUUCUUCAGCCUCCGCAAAAAUAUGCAAUUCUCGACCAAAGAAAUGUAGCGUUGUCAGUUCGGUCCAUGCACGACGAAUCAUGCAAGAACUUGUCACCGGCAGGCUUGACAUAAGAAUGCUAGCUAGUAGAUUGUCCAAUCGGUAGUGAAACUCUUCCCUUGACU